AUGCAGAACCUGAAACACACCUACAGGCAGACGUCGAAAGCGAGUAGUACCUCACCGUUCCCAUCGCGAACGCGACGCGCCACUUACCGCGUUCUACUUUACGGCAGUCGGAUCAAACGCAUCUCGGGGCCGCAUUCGAAGCAUUUCAAAGCGGCGUGUUUGUGUCACGCUCCGAUCCAAUUUGCGUUCCGAAAACGGGAUCAUUACGGAGCGGGGCCACUCGACGAUGAACACUGCACGUCGAGUUUUGGAAAGAGACGAUCGACUUAUUUCGCCUUCGUAGAGCGCUAUCUCCGUCACGCACUGUCUGUGACGUUCGUCAGCGUGCGAGCACAAGUGUGCGACAGGGAUAGCGCUCUAGGAAUCCGAUAUAAGGCAAUCGUCUCUUUCCAAAGGUCGACGUGCAAUGUUUGUCGCGGAGUAUUU